UAUAGGAAAUUAAGUUUAGUCCUCAUAUCUUCCUUCUCUUAUUUUCGAAGCAAACUUUUUGUCCUAAUUUUCCUUUCCUUCAGGAUGGACGAAAAAAUCCACGGCGACGUUCCCUGCUCUUCCCUCGCCGUCGAAUCCACCAUUCGAAUCGGCACGGCUGGUUUAAUCUGGGGACUAUGUAUAGGUCCGUAUGAAUCCCGCAAAAUAGGUCUUAAGGGCGUAGCUCGGGCAGCUUUUGUGGCAAAGUCAGUUGGUGGUUUUGGUCUUCAAUGCGGACUUUUUGCUGGAGUUUUUUCCAUCACUCGCUGCGGGCUUAAAAGAUAUCGGAGGAAGGAUGAUCUGGUGAAUGGUAUGAUUGCAGGUUCUGUAGUCGGGGCAGCUGUUGCUGCCAGGUGCCGAAGCUGGAAGCAGGGUGUGGGGAUGGCUUGUCUGGUUUCAGCUUUUAGUGCUGCCGCAGACUACUUUGGAAGAAUUUGAAUUACCUCCCGUUAUAGCCUUAGCUGAAGGAACAAGGUGAUCCUCACCCUCCUGUUCCCCCCCAACCCUUCAUCUGCAUCUCUCCCAUUUGUUUUUUGUAUCCGGCAUUACUUUAGACUAGGAUUACAUUUUUUCUCCUGUUUAUUGUGUCAAGGUGCUUGAAUUAAAGAAGAUUUUGUUUGUCUCUAUCAAUGUUGAGGAUUAUUAAGGAUUGCUCUCUUGCAUCAAAACCGUGCCAUUUGAGCAUUGUGGUUCAGCAUUAAAAACUAUGGAAUUACUUUUCUGAAA